AUGCAGACUACUUCUACAAACAUUUUUGAAAGAAUAGGUCACUCUCAGGAGCUCAGUGAAUUCAAGCGUGGUACCGUGAUAGGUUGCCACCUGUGCAAUAAGUCCAUCCGUGAAAUUUCCUUGCUACUAAAUAUUCCACAGUCAACUGUUAGUGGUAUUAUAACAAAGUGGAAGCAAAUAGAAACAACAGCAACUCAGUCACAAAGGGAGCGGGGUCAGCGCAUGCUGAAGCACACAGUGCGCAGAAGUCGCCCACUGUCUGCUGAGUCAAUAGCUAAAGACCUCCAAACUUCAUGUGGCCCUCAGAUUAGCACAACAAAAGUGCAUAGAGAGCUUCAUGGAAUGGGUUUCCAUAGC